UGUUAUUUACCGCAUUUGUCACGUUCUGUUCAUUAAAGAUUUGCUCAUUCUAUUGAAGCAAAAUAUAAAUUCAAAAGUGAACUUCUUAUCGUAUUGUUCAUAUGUUGAUAUAUAAUUUUUGUCAACCACGUGUAUAGUACGGACUAGUCCACGAUGUCUAUUCCUGAUAAAGUUUUAAUGCGAAAAAUUAAAAAACGUGAGAAGAAAAAAUUAGAUCUAAUCAAAUUAAAAGAAGCUGCUUCCAGUGUUCAAAAUAAAGAGGAAAACGAUGAAGUCAAAUUAAUUACUAAAGAAGAUAUUGUUAAUAAUGAUAAGGUUACAAAAAAGAACAAGAAGAAAAAGAAAAAGGAGAAGGUAACUAAUAAAAGUGAAAACACUGACAGCGACCAAGAAGAUUGUGCUGAGACCAUGAAUGUUGAGGAUGAAAUUGACGAUGAAGUGGAAUCUGUUGCUCCUACCAACCUUCCUGGAUCCAGCAUAGGCCUCGGUGUUGUAAGUGACAAAAGAUUUUCAAUUCUUGAAGGUAAAGUUUGUGAAGCUACUUUGAAAGGAAUAGCUGAUAUGGGCUUCACAGAAAUGACUGAAAUUCAAGCAAAAUCAAUUCCACCUCUUCUCGAAGGCCGUGAUUUAGUUGGUGCUGCAAAAACUGGUUCAGGUAAAACAUUAGCUUUCCUAAUACCAGCUAUAGAACUAAUUUAUAAAUUACAAUUCAUGCCCCGAAAUGGGACUGGUUGUAUAAUCAUAUCGCCUACAAGAGAGUUAUCAAUGCAGACAUUCGGUGUUUUGAAAGAGUUAAUGGCACAUCAUCAUCAUACCUAUGGUUUGUUAAUGGGAGGAGCAAGUCGACAAACAGAAGCACAAAAGUUGUCAAAAGGUAUAAAUAUAAUCGUAGCAACACCAGGUCGUUUAUUGGAUCAUUUACAAAACACUCCAGAUUUUAUGUAUAAAAAUUUACAAUGUCUAAUCAUUGAUGAGGCUGAUAGAAUUCUGGAUAUAGGUUUUGAAGAAGAGUUGAAACAAAUCAUUAAACUAUUACCAAAACGAAGGCAAACUAUGUUAUUCAGUGCCACACAAAGCAAAAAAACUGAAGCUAUAACUGCAUUGGCUUUAAAGAAAGAGCCUGUAUAUGUGGGGGUUGAUGAUGACAAAGAAAUGGCAACUGUGGAAGGCCUAGAACAAGGAUAUGUGGUUUGCCCUUCUGAAAAACGUUUAAUGGUCUUAUUUACAUUCCUCAAAAAGAAUCGUAAGAAGAAAGUUAUGGUUUUCUUCAGUUCCUGUAUGUCUGUCAAGUUCCAUCAUGAAUUAUUCAACUAUAUUGAUUUGCCUGUUAUGAGCAUACAUGGUAAACAAAAGCAGACAAAACGAACUACAACAUUUUUUCAGUUUUGUAAUGCAGAUUCUGGAAUAUUAUUAUGUACUGAUGUCGCAGCUAGAGGUCUUGAUAUUCCUGCUGUGGAUUGGAUUGUUCAGUAUGACCCUCCAGAUGACCCCAAAGAAUACAUUCAUCGAGUAGGACGUACAGCACGCGGUCAAGGAGGCAGUGGACACGCCCUAUUAAUUUUAAGGCCAGAGGAAUUGGGAUUUCUCCGCUAUUUAAAACAAUCUAAGGUUCCAUUGAACGAAUUUGAAUUUUCAUGGAGCAAAAUUGCAGAUAUUCAAUUGCAGUUGGAAAAAUUAAUAAGCAAAAAUUAUUUUCUUCACACAUCGGCCAAGGAAGCCUACAAAUCAUACAUCAGGGCUUAUGACUCACAUCAUCUCAAGACAAUAUUUGAUGUCAGUACACUGGAUUUGAAGCAAGUAGGACUUUCAUUUGGAUUUACAGUGCCCCCCGCGGUUGAUUUGAUGGUCAGUAGUAAAAAGCAGGAUAGGCCCAGGAAAAGGACCGGUGGUGGUGGCUAUGGUUAUUUUAAAAACAUGAAUAAGACAGGAAAUGAAGUAAAAAGAGCAAAAAUAUUCCGGCAACCUAAGCCUGGUGGUGCUGGAAAAGUCCAGUAUCAAAGAUAAUAAGUUAUAAAUUUACAUUCUUAGAAUAGGCAAUAAAUUAUGUUGUAAAGUCUU